AUGUCCGUCAGAAAAUCCUUGUUCGAGACGGCGCUCAUUUUGUCGUCCGCAAGUAAGGUCAUAGGCUCCUCCACCUCCGUGGUGAAGCAAGAUCUUCUUGCAUGGUACCAGCUGUCAUUUGUCAAAGCACAAGCCGUGGAUCGCUUGGACUCACACGGAAAUAUGUGGCAACAUUUACGCAAGACAUCCGAACUUGCCAGAACAGGGUCGCCGAAACCACCACCUCAGCUGGCGUCUCCAUCGGCGUUCGCCGCCCCCCAAAAGAGACACUACUCCACAAAGUCCACCAUUUACCUCGACAACCAGGUCCGGAGAAAGAAGGCUGCCAAGCUGAAGCCAAAGGUGGUGGGCUCGAAGGUGAAGCCGACUUUCGAAAUGUCGCAGAGCGAGGUUCCUGCCACGAGGUUGGCCCGAAUCUUCCACUACGGAACCUUGGCUGCGGGCAUGGGGUUGAGUGCCGCGUCGCAUGGCAUCAAGCACUAUGCCCUGGGCAACAAGGACUCCUUGACCAUGAAGUCGCUUUUCUUGAGCCCCGCCAACAUCGAGAGAAUGGCGAAGAAGUUCUCGCAGAUGCGCGGAGCCGCGUUGAAGAUCGGCCAGAUGUUGUCUCUCCAGGACUCGUCCAUUCUUCCUGUUGAGAUCCAGCAAAUUUUGCUCAGAGUGCAAAACCUGGCCCACUACAUGCCCCCCGCCCAACUCGAGCGCGUGAUGUCCAAAGAACUCGGCCUGCAGUGGAGGAAGAGAUUCUUCACUUCUUUCCAAGACGUGCCCUUUGCUGCCGCCUCCAUUGGCCAAGUCCACGAUGCAGUCACCGAAGACUUGACCCAAGUUGUUGUGAAAGUGCAAUAUCCCGGUGUGGCUGACUCCAUCGACUCUGACUUGAACAACAUGCUCAUGAUUUUGACUGCGCUGUCCAUCUUGCCGCCAGGCUUGUUUCUAGACAAAUCCAUUGCCAACGCCCGAGUGGAGUUGAAGUGGGAAUGCGAUUACAUCCGCGAGGCGCAGAACUUGAUCAGAUUCAGAGAGUUGUUGAAGGACGACCCCAACUUUGAGGUUCCUCGUGUGAUUCACAACAUGUGUGGUGAGCACGUCUUGACAAUGGAGAAAAUGAAAGGCAAAGAGAUUGUCAAGGGCGACUGGGACCAGGAAACGAAAAACUGGAUCGCCACUAACAUAAUGCGCUUAUGCUUGAAGGAACUCAAGCAAUUCAAGUUCAUGCAGACAGAUCCAAACUGGGCCAACUUCUUGUACAACAACGACACCAAGAAGAUCGAGCUUCUCGACUUCGGUGCUGCUCGGGAAUACAAGGACGAGUUCGUGGAUGACUACGUUGAAGUCUUGCGAGCUGCCGUGAAAGGCGACAGAAAGUCAGUGGAGAAGUACUCUGUGAAGCUUGGAUAUUUGACUGGUCUUGAGUCCCCGGCCAUGGUCAGAGCCCACGUUGACUCGGUAAUGGUGCUUGGCGAGGCCUUUGUUCCUAGGGAAGAAGGCAGAUUGUUCAAUUUCAAAAAGCAAACAAUCACCGAUCGGGUCAGAGACAACAUUGGUUUGAUGUUGAAUGAAAGAUUGUCCCCUCCACCGGAGGAAACCUACUCUCUCCACAGGAAGCUUAGUGGAGUUUUCUUGUUGUGCUCCAAACUUGACGCGUCCGUGCCAUGCGCCCAAAUGUUCAAGGACAUUGUUGGCUACGGCGACGACGUAAAGGAGGAAUGA